AUGUAUAACUGUGAGCCAGCACGCUCGCCGUGGCAAAAAAGCUUCCAAAUGGAGGGCCGCAUUUUUGUGAAACAGGCAGAGGCUCUGGCUAAUUACACCAGAAAACAUCCGGAAAAUUAUGAUUAUGAGCAAAACUGCAAUGUUCAUAGAGGGCUUAUCAGACUAUGGUCUCAAAUAGCGCGAGUGAAAGGCACUGGGCUUGAUAUGGUUGCGGAAACCCCAAGAUGUUCUCUCGUUCUUAAGCAACGCAGCUAUUGGUUCAUCCGGGAUCUUGCAGACCAGACUGAGUUUGAAGACGAUUGCGAUGAGAUAGAGGCCCGCCUGGAGGCACUGGCGGUAAAGGUCCAACAACGCGAGUUAGAGAACCUUUGGAUUGCUGGAGUCCUUGAGUCGACGGCUUUGCAUAUUCAGGACAAAUUCCAUGUAUAG